UUAAAGUCAACUCUUAGACACAGUAACAAUACAUUGUUAGUGGAAAUGUUCUUCCAGGUGCAAGUAUUGCUUCUGAUCGGGGCGGCUUCCCUUAUCCACGCUGGAUGUCCUGACGUCAAUGCUAUUACGAACUUUGACGCUUCCCAGUUUGCGGGGAGGUGGUACUGGACCGAAUGGUAUAACAAUGGCUGGUUAGCCCAACAGGCAGGGAACUCUAUUGUUUGUUUGUCGUCAACUUUCACCUCCUCGACGAGUGGAAAUCUCAGCGUGUCCAUCAUAUGGAAAGACUUACUAACUACAGUUGGAGGGACGGCAAAAGGCACCUUUGAGGAUGUCGCAAAUACACCGAACGCAUUCAAUGCCCUUUUUGAACUAGGUUCACCGUUGAUACCAGGGAGAUAUUACGUCUUAGACAUCCUCUACAACACCGUGGCUGUUGUGUUUUACUGUCAAAACUACGCAUUUGGACUCUCACAAAUCGAAAUGGCGUGGGUACUGCACCGAAAUUCGAGAGGUUUAACCACCCGACAAAGGAACAGGUUGAUAAAACGAUGGGAUAACGACCCGUACUUGGGUUACCUUAUCGAUCCUACCAAGUUCGUACCUUUCCCUGGUACGGACUGUACUAACUACCGCAACUGAUAUCGCCAAGCUUAAAAAAAACAGACGAAAUUAUAGUUCUUAAUGUACUCAGGACCAGAAAUAAAGAAUAAAAUCAGCAAAGCGUGAAAA